GAUAGCCAUAUAAUUCUUUUUGCAUUUGGAUAAGCUUGCCUCGUGUACUUCACCCUCUCAAUCAAUCAUCCAACAAUUUAUUUAAACAACCAAGUAAAGCAACCACCUUACGGAAGUCGAUAAGACCAAAAGAAAAAAACACAAUAAUACCAAAUGAUUUAUAAUGGGGGCUGAUUUCAGUUUCUGGUUUCUGCAAGUGUUUGUACAGUAGUACUAGAGAUCAAUCAUGGUCUGGCUAACCCGAUCAAGAACUUAUCCGAUUCUUACGACAACUGUAGCUGCUCUCAGACACAGAUACAGCUCAGUGAGUCUUUUUGCACAUCUUCUUUCUGCUGAGCGUUUACCUAAAUUAUUUGAGAGAAGAUUGCCAAAGUUAAUGGUACUCGAAAAGGAUUGCUCUCUUCGGACAAUUGUGAGAUUGGAUGCUUCAAUCAGUUCCCUUGGACUUGUUCAAGAACUCACAAGUAGCAAUACACAGAAUGUAUCCAAAACUGAUGGUGGGCUGGACUUGUUUGAUGAUAUGAAAAAGAGGUUUCUGAAUUUCAAGGAACAUAAAUAUUUAAAAGAAGCAGAGAAUUUCAAAAAUCUUGCUGAAUUGCAAUCACCGAAGUUUAUGGUGAUUGCUUGUGUAGACUCUAGAGUUUGCCCAUCUAACGUCCUUGGAUUUCAACCUGGAGAAGCUUUUAUGGUUCGAAAUGUUGCAAAUAUAGUCCCCGCACUUGAGAAUAGACCAACAGAAACAACUGCUGCCCUUGAGUUUGCUGUAAAUACUCUUGAAGUUGAAAAUAUAUUUGUUAUUGGCCAUAGUAACUGUGCAGGAAUUCAAGCUCUAAUGAGUAUGAAAGACGACAAUAAAUCCAGCUUUGUUGAGAAGUGGGUUGCUACUGCCAAAAUUGCCAAGUUAAGAACAAAAACUGAUGCCGGUGGCCUUAGCUUUGAUCAACAAUGCAAACAUUGUGAGAAGGAAUCUAUCAACUGGUCGUUGCUGAACUUACUAACAUAUCCAUGGAUUGAAGAACGGGUGAAGAAAGAAACACUCUCUAUUCAUGGAGGGUACUAUGAUUUCUUAAAUUGCACAUUCGAGAAAUGGACUCUUGAUUUCAAUGGAAGCAGUGUUGGCCAUGGCGGCAGAUUCUCAACCAAAGCCACAGAAUUGUGGAGUUGACUGUUGAAGUGUUGGGUUUACUUGUAUUUGCAUCUUCCUUCAUCCCCAAUAGUUGGAUUCCACCUUUGGUCCAUUGCAAAAGACCGUACUCUGAAUUAUUUUAACCUGUAAAUAUGCCGUUACAGGGCAGUAAAUACAUAUACAAACACUACUUUAUCUUUUA